AUGAUCUGGGACGUACCCGAUACAAAGGACGUCGAGAAGAAAAUCCAGGAUCACGAUCAGACUGUCAAGGUGAUUGAGGAAUGUGUGGUGGAGUACAUUCGGCGGCGCCAGCAAGCAUAUAGGAAGUCUACGCCCACUGUAACGUCGAAAACAUCCAAACACAAAACAGCGGCCACAGUACCCAACCACUCGCUAACAGACCACCAGAGCGUCCUUGGGACGGAAAUGCAGGCAACUAUCAUGUGGGCCAAGUCAAGGAUGCCAAGGUUGAAACAGGAGAUCGAGGACCUACAGUGUAAAGGUAUAACCAAUGAACCCGUUCUUCCUUGUAUAUUCGUAGAGUUCAAUAGAUAUGUUGAUGCGAGCUCCACUUUUCCACCGGGGCUCCGGCGCUAUGAUGCAGUCAAGGACCAAAUCAUCUGGGAAAACCUGCGGUUCACGGGUAGCCAGCGCACUUUCCACAAUAUAUGGGUCGGUGUGUGGAUUGCAAUUCUCACCCUUCUCUACGCUGUCCCGGGGGCAAUCGCAGGUCUUUUCCCUGCUGCCCUUACUUCCAUUUUGAUGGCUGUUGCUCGGACUCCAAUUCGCUGGACUAUCAGGCAGAGUGGCAUACCAACCCUGUCAUCGCUUGAGCUCUGCAUUCACAAGGUUUGCUUCGGCUUCUUGCUCAUCCAGAUACUACUGGUGACUGGCGUCUCUAUUGCUGCUCCACCUCUCAUUUCCCAGGUCACCCGGAGCCCUGAGGUGGCCGAUAUUGUCAUAUGUUCGAUCAUCAACCUGUAUCACCGAUGGUCUGAACCAAGGCUGAAAUGGGCGAACAUCUAUUCCGCCUCCACUCUGCUCGCAGUUCUAGGAAUCGCAUACUCAUGUAUCGCGCCUCUGGUUGUGGGCGCGGCCGCCCUGGGGUUAUAUCUCUUCUUUAUCAUCUACCGAUACAACAUUCUCUACAUUAUGAAGGCGACGAUUGACACACGGGGCAAGAGUUUUCUGCUGGCCCUACAGCAUGUCACCGUCGGGUGCUACCUACUGAUUAUGUACCUCAUCAGCGUGUUUGCCGUUGGACUCCUGAACGACCGGUCGGCAGUCGGCCCUAUGAUUGUGACAGUUGUCUUAUUCGUGGCUGUCGUGAUCUACCACUGCUAUCUAAGUAUGAUGAUCCGGCCAUUUGCUGGUGGCAUCCCACGGCCGACAGAGAAGGAAGAUGCGCCGCGAUUUCGUACUCCCGCGAGUGAACUCUGGACACCACGUAUCUGGUUCCCACAUGAUUUUACUGGGACGAUCAAGACUGAAUUGGAACAGCUCUCAGGGUUCAUGAUCGCUACUGAUUCUGCUGCCUGGCUGGAUGAUCAUGUAGACCACUAUCUGCUAGAGUGA